AGGCAACACACCCAUUUCUCCCAUUCUCUUCAUCUCAGCAACAGAACACAACUGUUGUUGAGUUGUUCCUAAACUUUGUUUCUAAUUUUAGCAGAAAACUAUACACCAUGUUGGUGGAAAUUGCAGUUACUUUAGUGCUAAUUGCUCUAUUCAUACACUUCCGACCAACACCAACAGCUAAAUCAAAAGCUCUUCGACACCUUCCCAAUCCACCAAGUCCCAAACCUCGUCUUCCUUUUGUUGGUCAUCUUCACCUUUUAGAUCACCCUCUUCUUCACCAAUCUCUCAUUCGUUUAGGAGAACGUUAUGGCCCUUUAUACUCUCUUUAUUUUGGUUCCAUGCCUACUAUUGUUGCCUCCACCCCUGACUUGUUUAAACUCUUUCUUCAAACACAUGAAGCUGUUUCCUUCAACACAAGGUUUCAAACCUCUGCCAUAAGACGUUUGACUUAUGACAACUCUGUUGCUAUGGUUCCUUUUGCACCUUACUGGAAAUUUAUUAGGAAGCUUAUCAUGAAUGAUCUUCUUAAUGCUACCACUGUCAACAAGUUGAGACCUUUGAGGAGCCAAGAAAUUCGUAAGGUUCUUAAUGUUAUGGCUAAAAGUGCUCAAACUCAAGAGCCACUUAAUGUGACAGAGGAACUUUUGAAAUGGACAAAUAGCACUAUUUCUAGGAUGAUGUUGGGUGAGGCUGAAGAAAUUAGAGAUAUUGCUCGUGAUGUUCUUAAGAUUUUUGGGGAGUAUAGUCUUACUGACUUCAUUUGGCCUUUGAAAAAGCUUAAGGUUGGGAAAUAUGAGAAGAAGAUUGAGGAAAUUUUUAACAGGUUUGACCCUGUCAUUGAAAAGGUCAUCAAGAAAAGACAAGAUGUUAGGAGAAGAAGAAAGGAGAGAAAUGGUGAACUUGAAGAGGGUGAGCAGAGUGUUGUUUUUCUUGAUACUUUGCUUGAUUUUGCUGAGGAUGAGACCAUGGAGAUCAAAAUUACCAAGGAACAAAUCAAGGGUCUUGUUGUGGAUUUCUUCUCUGCAGGAACAGAUUCAACCGCUGUGGCAACAGAUUGGUGUUUAUCAGAGCUGAUCAACAACCCAAGAGUGAUGAAGAAAGCUCGAGAGGAGGUUGACUCUGUUGUUGGAAAAGAUAGACUAGUCGACGAAUCAGAUAUUCAAAAUCUUCCAUACAUUAGAGCCGUCGUGAAAGAGACAUUCCGCAUGCACCCACCACUACCUGUUGUGAAAAGAAAAUGUACAGAAGAGUGUGAGAUUAAUGGGUAUGUAAUCCCAGAAGGAGCACUUGUACUUUUCAAUGUUUGGGCAGUUGGAAGAGAUCCAAAAUACUGGGAUAGACCAUUGGAAUUCCGUCCAGAGAGGUUCUUGGAAAAUGCAGGUGAAGGUGAUGCAGGUUCAAUUGAUCUUAGGGGUCAACAUUUUCAACUUCUACCAUUUGGGUCUGGAAGGAGAAUGUGUCCUGGAGUCAAUUUGGCUACUGCUGGAAUGGCUACACUCCUUUCAUCUGUACUUCAGUGCUUUGAAUUACAGGUAGCAGGACCAAAUGGACAAAUAUUGAAAGGUGCUGAUGCUAAGGUUAGCAUGGAUGAAAGACCUGGUCUCACUGUUCCAAGAGCACAUAAUCUCGUUUGUGUUCCACUUGCAAGACCUGGUGCUGCUGCUAAACUCCUUUCCUCCUAAAACAUACAUUCAAACACUUAAUUCGUCCAUGUCCGUUUAUAAACUAAAUAAUCAUUUUCAAUAAGGUAUCAUUGAGAGAGUCCACAAUGUGUGCUAGUGAUGGUACAUGGGCUUAAAGACGUAUUUAUGUAUAUCAUCUCAAUUUGUCUCUCUUGAUACUAUGAUUGUAAUUUUUAUAUUUUUGUUUUUUUGUUUAUGUCACGAAAGAAGUGUUGCUGUAACCGUUUACAAAAUCUAUAAUUUUGUGCCUCUUUGUUGAAUUUUUGUUA